UGCCCUGAAUGCCUUCACUCUCCUGCCGCCUCUGGGGCUGCUUUCGUGUCGGAGAACUCCGAGGAGACGAGAAGCGGGAGGAGAGCAAGGAGGCUGGAAACUUGCGCGGCGGCGGCCUGAGCCCUCGCUUCACAGCGCGUGGGCUACAUUCAAGCCCAGAAGUUCAUCACGCAGGGCAGUCCAGACUUCUCCCUGCGGAGGGUCGCAGGAAGGUGAGCAAAAACGCAGCCUCUCCCCUCCGUUCGCCCCCAGACGAGGAGAGAGGAGCUCAGAGGAGCCGAAAGGAGUGCGGGAGGCGGUUGGGACGGCAGACACCGCUCGGAGCCACCGUUCCCAGCUGGAAAGUUGCGGAGGAUUGGAGGCCGCUGGACAGACCACCGCUCAGGCCUCGGGGGCAGGACAGGACGAUACCCUAAUUGCCACCCCCCUUCAAUCUCAGUACUAGUUUCUCUCAUUCUGGAGCGCAGCGAGCUACAGACGGGGGCGCGGCGGUCGGCGCAGCUGGCUGGAGGCACAGGGUCUCAGCUGCGGAGCCCAGCGUGCUUCGGGGUCUCUUGACACACCCCUGCUUCCAGCCUCAUUUUACUGAGACAGUUGUUUUCCUCCUAGCAGGUGGAGAGGAUCGAGUGCACGCACAAUCCCCCAGAGAUCAGGUGGAGGAGCUGCUCAGGACCAGGCACUGCUGGGAGGCUCUUCCCAUCGGGGGGAAAGUGAAGGGCGAGGCUGGAUUCCGGAGGGUCAGGAGACUAGUAUACGAACAGCCCUUCUCCAACGGGAUGGGAGCCGCAGGGCUACUGUGGCUGCUGCUGCCGCUGCUUUCAGCGGCAGCCUCGGUUACGGGGACGGAGACCGGGACCGACCAGCGUGUGGGCUCAGCGGCCAUGGGGCCAGCGCUGCAACCCCGGGAACCGCUCAGUUACUCGCGCCUGCAGAGGAAGAGUCUGGCGGUGGACUUUGUAGUGCCCUCGCUCUUCCGCGUCUAUGCUCGGGACCUGCUCCUGCAGCCGCCGUCACCCUCGGAGUCGAGAGCUGGCUGGCCGGAGGCGCACGGCUCUCUGGCUCUCGACUGCGCCCCACUGCUUAGGCUGGUGCGGCUACCGCAUGGGGUCUCCUGGACAGACGGCGCCGGCUCCGCCGCCCCCGCCCCGGCCCGGACGCUGUCCAGGGUGCUGAAGGGCGGCUCGGUUCGCAAGCUCCGGCGCGCCAAGCAGCUGCUGCUGGAGCUGGGAGAGGAGGCGAUCCUUGAGGGCUGCGUUGGGCCCCCAGAGGAGGCGGCCGCGGGGCUGCUCCAAUUCAACCUAAGCGAGCUCUUCAGCUGGUGGAUUCACCACGGCGAAGGGCGGCUGAGGAUCCGCCUGAUGCCCGAGAAAAAGGCGUCGGCAGUGGGCAGAGAAGGAAGGCUGUCCGCUGCGAUCCGCGCCUCCCAGCCCCGCCUUCUCUUCCAGAUCUUCGGGACCGGUCACAGCUCCCUGAAGUCACCAGCAAACCUGCCUUCUCUUCCUCCUGAGUCUUUUGCAUGGAAUCUGACCUGGAUAAUGAAAGAUUCCUUCCCUUUCCUGUCUCAUCGAAGUCGAUAUGGUCUGGAGUGCAGCUUUGACUUCCCCUGUGAGCUGGAGUAUUCCCCUCCCCUGCAUGAUGUCGGGAACCAGAGCUGGUCCUGGCGCCGCGUCCCCUCUGAGGAGGCCUCCCAGAUGGACCUGCUGGAUGGGCCCGAGGCAGAGCAUUCCAGGGAGACGCCCAGAGGCUCCUUCCUCCUGCUCAACACCUCAGCAAACUCCAAGCACACCAUCCUGAGCCCGUGGAUGAGGAGCGGCAGUGAGCACUGCAGGCUGGCCGUCUCGGUGCACAGGCACCUGCAGCCCUCUGGGAGGUACGUCGCCCAGCUGCUGCCCCACAACGAGGCUGGACGAGAGAUCCUCCUGGUACCCACUCCAGGGAAGCAUGGUUGGACAGUGCUUCAGGGAAGAAUUGGACGCCCAGAGAAUCCCUUCCGAGUGGCCCUGGAAUACAUCUCGAGUGGAAACCGAAGCUUGUCUGCAGUAGACUUCUUUGCUCUGAAGAACUGCAGUGAAGGAACAUCCCUGGGCUCCAAGAUGGCCUUGCAGAGUUCCUUCACUUGCUGGAACGGGACGGCCCUCCAGCUCGGGCAGGCCUGUGACUUCCACUGGGACUGCACCCAGGGAGAGGACGAGGGCCAGCUGUGCAGUAAACUCCCUGAUGGUUUUUACUGCGACUUUGAGGAUGGCUUCUGUGGCUGGACCCAAGGAACACUCCCACCCCACGCGCCCCAGUGGCAGCUCAAGACCCUAAAGGAUGCUCGGUUCCAAGACCAUCAGGGCCAUGCCCUCUUGCUCAGUACCACUGACGUCCCCACUUCUCAAAGUGCUACAGUGACCAGCGCUACAUUUCCCGCACCGAUGAAGAACUCUCCGUGUGAGCUCCGAAUGUCCUGGCUCAUCCAUGGAGUCUUGCAGGGAAAUGUGUCCUUGGUGCUGGUGGAGAACAAAACCGGGAAGGAACAGAGCCGAACGGUCUGGCACGUUGCCACCAGCGAAGGCUUGAGCCUGUGGCAGUGGACGGUGCUGCCUCUGCUCGAGGUGGCUGACAGGUUCUGGCUACAGAUUGUCGCAUGGUGGGGACAAGGAUCCAGGGCCACCGUGGCUUUUGACAACAUCUCCAUCAGCCUGGACUGCUACCUCACCAUCAGUGGGGAGGACAAGAUGCCACAGAAUACAGAACCCAAGUCAAGAAAUCUGUUUGAGAGAAACUCAAACAAGGAGCUGAAGCCCUGGGAAAAUACACCAAGAGAGACCCCGAUCUUUGACCCUACAGUUCACUGGCUGUUCACCACCUGCGGGGCCAGCGGCCCCCACGGCCCCACCCAGGCCCAGUGCAACAACGCCUACCAGAACUCCAACCUGAGCGUGGUAGUGGGGAGUGAGGGCCCCCUGAAGGGCAUCCAGACCUGGAAGGUGCCAGCCACCGACACCUACAGCAUCUCAGGCUACGGAGCUGCCGGUGGGAAGGGCGGGAAGAACACCAUGGUGCGGUCCCACGGCGUGUCUGUGCUGGGCAUCUUCAAGCUGGAGAAGGGCGACACGCUGUACGUCCUGGUCGGGCAGCAGGGAGAGGAUGCGUGCCCCAGCACAAACCGAUUAAUCCAGAACGUCUGCAUUGGCGAGAACAAUGUGAUAGAAGAAGAAAUCCGCGUGAACAGAAGCGUGCAUGAGUGGGCAGGAGGGGGCGGAGGAGGGGGCGGAGCCACCUACGUGUUUAAGAUGAAGGAUGGCGUGCCAGUGCCCCUGAUCAUCGCAGCCGGCGGUGGCGGCAGGGCCUAUGGGGCCAAGACAGACACGUUCCAUCCAGAAAGACUGGAAAAUAACUCCUCAGUUCUGGGGCUGAACGGCAAUUCUGGAGCUGCAGGUGGUGGAGGUGGCUGGAAGGAUAACACUUCCUUGCUAUGGUCUGGAAAAUCUUUGCUGGAGGGUGCCACCGGAGGACAUUCCUGCCCCCAGGCCAUGAAGAAGUGGGGGUGGGAGACACGAGGGGGUUUCGGAGGGGGUGGCGGGGGGUGCUCCUCAGGUGGAGGAGGCGGAGGAUAUAUAGGCGGCAACGCAGCCUCAAACAAUGACCCCGAGAUGGACGGGGAAGAUGGGGUUUCCUUCAUCAGUCCACUGGGCAUCCUGUACACCCCAGCUUUGAAAGUGAUGGAAGGCCAUGGGGAAGUGAAUAUUAAGCACUACCUCAACUGCAGCCACUGUGAGGUAGACGAGUGCCACAUGGACCCAGAGAGCCACAGGGUCAUCUGCUUCUGUGACCACGGGACAGUGCUGGCCGAGGACGGCGUCUCCUGCAUUGUGUCACCCACCCCCGAGCCCCGCCUGCCGCUCUCACUGAUCCUCUCCGUCGUGACCUCCGCCCUCGUGGCCGCCCUCGUCCUGGCCUUCUCCGGCAUCAUGAUCGUAUACCGCCGGAAGCACCAGGAGCUGCAAGCCAUGCAGAUGGAGCUGCAGAGCCCCGAGUACAAGCUAAGCAAGCUCCGCACCUCGACCAUCAUGACCGACUACAAUCCCAACUACUGCUUUGCUGGCAAGACUUCCUCCAUCAGCGACCUGAAGGAGGUGCCUCGGAAGAACAUCACCCUCGUUCGGGGUCUGGGCCACGGUGCUUUUGGGGAGGUGUAUGAAGGUCAGGUGUCUGGAAUGCCCAGUGACCCGAGCCCCCUGCAAGUGGCUGUAAAGACACUGCCAGAGGUGUGUUCUGAACAGGAUGAACUGGAUUUCCUCAUGGAAGCCCUGAUCAUCAGCAAAUUCAACCACCAGAACAUCGUGCGCUGUAUUGGGGUGAGCCUGCAAGCCCUGCCCCGAUUUAUCCUGCUGGAGCUCAUGGCCGGAGGAGACCUCAAGUCCUUCCUCCGGGAGACCCGCCCUCGCCCGAACCAGCCCUCCUCCCUGGCCAUGCUGGACCUUCUGCGUGUGGCUCGAGACAUCGCCUGCGGCUGUCAGUAUUUAGAGGAAAAUCACUUCAUCCACCGGGACAUUGCUGCCAGGAACUGUCUCUUGACCUGUCCAGGCCCUGGAAGAGUGGCCAAGAUUGGAGACUUUGGGAUGGCCCGGGACAUCUACAGAGCGAGCUACUACCGGAAGGGGGGCUGUGCCAUGCUGCCCGUCAAGUGGAUGCCCCCAGAGGCCUUCAUGGAGGGAAUCUUUACCUCUAAAACAGACACAUGGUCGUUUGGAGUGCUGCUGUGGGAGAUAUUCUCUCUCGGAUAUAUGCCGUACCCCAGCAAAAGCAACCAGGAAGUUCUGGAGUUCGUCACCAGUGGAGGACGGAUGGACCCACCUAAGAACUGCCCUGGGCCUGUAUACCGGAUAAUGACCCAGUGUUGGCAACAUCAGCCUGAAGACAGGCCCAACUUUGCCAUAAUUUUGGAGAGGAUUGAAUACUGCACCCAGGAUCCCGACGUGAUCAACACGGCUUUGCCCAUAGAAUAUGGCCCGCCUGUGGAAGAGGAGGACAAGGUGCCCGUGAGGCCCAAAGACCCCGAGGGCAUGCCGCCCCUCCUGGCCUCGGCGCCGCCGGCCGCGCGGGCGGAGGCCCAGGAGCCAGCCGCCGCGGCCCCGCUGCCGUCCGCGGCGGGCAAGGCCGGCAAGAAGCCUGCGGCAGCGGCGGCAACGGCGCGCGCCCUCGCAGCUGCGGAGCGGGGCCACGUCAACAUGGCGUUCUCCCAGGCCCACGCGCCGCCGGAGCUGCACAGGGCCCAGGGAGCCAGGAACAAGCCGACGAGCCUGUGGAACCCCACCUACGGCUCGUGGUUCACCGAGAACCCCGCCAAGGACAAUCCUCCCGCGGAGGAGCGGCGGCGCGCGGGGGGCGCCGCGGGCCGGGGGCGGGGCUGCGGCGGGCCUGCGAACGCCGCGGCGGGCCGCCCGCCCGGGGCCGCUCUGCUCCUGGAGCCGUCCUCGCUGACCGCCCGCGCGGCCGACGUCCCUCUGUUCCGGCUGCGGCACUUCCCGUGCGGAAACGUCAACUACGGCUACCAGCAGCAGGGCCUCCCCGCGGAGGCGGCCGCUGCCCCCGGGGCCGGCCACCACGAGCACGCCGCCCGGAAGGGCGCGCCUGGGCCCUGAGCCCGCCGGCACCCCGGGCCCCUCCGCCGCGGCCCCGAGCCCGCGGCGGGAGGGCAGGGGACGGCUCCUGCACGGCCAGAGACCGAACGUCACUUUUCAUGUUGUGCCAACUUGUUUUGAAGUGCCACAUACAAAGCUGUAUUUUCACAAUGCUUUAGAAAAAGGUUUUGAGCAUGGGUUCGUCCUAGUCUUUCAAACGAAGAAAAUACCAUAAAGAUGAGCGAGAAAUGCAAGGCCCACACGCGGCUGUAUAGUUUCUAUGCAUGGUCGAUGUACACGUGCUCUGCUCCCUCGGACUGUGCGCUCUGCGCCCGCGCAGCGGGAUUAGCUGCUUCCGCGUUUCGUAGUUGGGCCAUAGAUGUUCCCUUCCCUUGUUGAUGGGGACCUGGACCGCUUGAGGGGAAAGGGAAAAGAAAUAAAGGAGCUGGUUGUACAUGAGGAAAGACAUUCUUUACUGGGAAAGGAGAGCCACAGAUACGGAAAUGUCAUUGUAGCUGUGCAGGUGCUCGUGGUUGCACCGAUUCAAGGACGAUUGGGAAAUGGUGACUGGUUAUGGUAGUACAGAGAAAAUGUGCAGCUAGUCCUGUGAAUGAGACAUUCACUGUGCUUUGAGGGUAAUCAUGUACCUGUCCAGGUCCACACAUUCACACAUCCUGUUACUAUACCUCAUGCCUUAAGAAAACCCUCCUUCUAAAAGUAAAUGAGUGUGAGGUUUCCUAAUGCAUUGGAAACUCAAGAUUUGAAUUAUUAAUUACUUAGAAAUUUUCCACUAAUUAAAAUUAGCUGAUCAUUUAAAAACAAAAAUGUUAAGCAGCAGUGAAACAUCACAGCAUAGAAACAUAUCCAUUUGUGGGCACUUUUAAGUGUCAAGACGUCUUGGGCCAAAACCUCUAACAGUUUCAAUCAUGCAGGUCACCAAACUGCCGUUUCUACUUGCAGAGACAGAGGGUCACUGGAGUGGCAGGCCCCCCAGGGGCCCUAGAGAGGCCCUGAUGCGCUCCCCUUCCUUCCAGUGCUGCCCUGAGUUGUCUCCUCCCGCAGUCAUGGAUCCCAGCGUGCCUGGAAACACAGGUUUGCUGAGAUAUACAUAGCGUAAUUUGUAGAGCUACAAGCUGCAGAUUGAAACAGGAUUUAUCCUCGGGGUGGCAAUGAGCGAAAGAAUUGAGGAGAUGUGGGGUGCUGAGGUCGACACUGGAGUGUUACAGUGGAAGUUCUGCACUUGGUUUCACAGAUGAACUCUAUCUCCAUGAAAAUGAAGUGGAAUCUGAAAUUUCGCACACAUACGCAGUAUCGCUCACUUUUCAGGAAAACGCUUAUUCUCUCCCUCUGCUUCUCCUCCAUUCUCUUGCCCAGUUUCUUCCCAGUGGUAGCUGUACCGAAACAUCACUUAGGGAGGAAAGCAUUUCUUACUACACACUAGGCACUAAGCAUUCCCACAAAAAAGGAUUGUGUACAUGCUUACCUUUCCCUCCUCUCCCUCAGUUUCUCCUACAUCAAAAGUAUCACUUUGGGUGUGGGAAAGCCAUUCCCUUCCAAGCCAACACUAGCAAGUGUUCAUUCCCCCUCUGGCAGAUGCCCGCAUGGGCCAGCAGCUGUUGCACGUCUGUAGAAGCAGUGAUACCCUGCACGCCACUUGUCCUCAUUUUCUUAACACCAAAAUAUGCUUAUCAAACAUACAUGAAAAUGAAACAUCAAUGAACUUAUAUCUAAGUUACCAACCACAUGUGUAAAGUUCUAGCUCAUGCCAGGCACAAAAAUUAAGUAUAUAAGCAUUAAUUAUAUAAGCAUUAAUCUAACUCAUAAGCCACCUGAAGGGGUCCAAGAAUCACACUUGGAAGAAACAUUCUCCUAAAGGAUAAUGACAGAGGAGCUGUCAAAACUGAGAACACUUUCAUUUUAUACCUAUAACACCAGUAACCAAUUAAACAGGGAGCAUGCUACAUUGUUAAACAGCCAGCUCUCUAUUGUUACUACUGGGGAAAAAAAUCUUUUCCCUUUCUCUUCUCAAAAACUACAAAUCCAGUACAUCUUCAGGUUGUGCCUUAACUACCACAGAGAUUGAUUUGUCGGUUCUCUCUCAUCGUCUUAUAUGGGUACCAACUUUCAUGUAAAUGACAGUCAAGUCUUGAAAGCCUGUAAACACGGUCAAGUAAAUAAACAACUCCACUCUGAGCUAUGAUGACCUCAAGACGUUUCAUUUAACUCACUGUAAGCCUUAAGUAUCGCCAUGACAUUAAUCUGGACUACGGUCCCCUCAAUACUGCACCAGCCGUAUGGUGACAGCAAUUCAUAGAGAUGCUAUGGACUCUCAUAUUUAUUAACAAUGAUAGAAAGUUCUACCUAGAAUAUGAACAGGCACAAUUAAAGUUUGCUGAAGCUAUGUUAAUUAAACCAUAAGCUAGAAUAAUUAUUUAUAUUCUGAGUCUAUAAAGAAGCUCAUCAAAAGUUCAACUGCUUUGUUGGGAAACUGGCAAUUUGUGAAGGAAUGACCAGUUUGUGGGUAUGUGACGCAUCAAAAUUAUAGCAAAUCAAAAUAGCAGGAGUGAACUUUUUUUUUUUUUUUAGAGUCUGAUUUACUUAGAGUCGGAAGACCGGCUUCUCUUCCACCAGUUAGGGCGUGAGUCCGGCUCUCCUUGGGCUAUCAGACCUGGCUCAGGGUCU